AUGGUUCCAUAUGUUCACUGCACCAUCACUAGAAAUGAUAAUGUUGAAUUCAACAAAACCAUAACUUGGGGUGACAGACGUAAAGAAGGAUACUUUGGUGAUGCGGACAAAAAAUGGAACAAUGCUAAUAUUUCCGUUAAAAUUUUUUGGGCCGGCGACCCAUUUGAAUAUAAUUUUCAAACCGAAUUGGAAACUAUUCCAGACAUGAAUUGCUCACGUACAUUACUGCAUAGUACCAAAGACCGAGAAGAAGAGAUCACUUUAAGUUGCUAUGCUGCGAAAGUAAGUCAAAACAAUAAAAUGAAAAUGUCUGAAGAGCAAUACAAUGAAAUUACGACAACAUGGUACAAGGACUGUAAAAUAAUUUCUGAAAAUAACGAACACUUUAACCAAGAGGAUGGGAACUAUAACUAUAAGGAAAUAAAAUUCAAAUCACUAAAGAUUCCAAAACCGUCAUACAACACUACACCGGGAUUAUAUCACUGUGUUCUGGAUUACAAAGGAAAUGAGCUGACGUCAAGAUCGUAUAAAGUCUGUAUACGAGAAAAAUUCGAGUAUGCAAACAAUCCUACAAUAGUUGCAUCCGAAGAUGAAUAUAUUGUGGAGCCUGGAAAAAGUUUAGACGUUCAUUGCAAAGGAAAUAUUGGGGGAAAUAAUGAUCAAACCACUGUAUUCUGGUUGAGGUAG